UUCUAUAAAUUUUUCUCAAUUCUCUUCGUUGGAACAAGUGAAAGAAAACGCUGUAGUCAACCACGUAACUUUGUCUUAAAAACUUCACAAUCCGAGUCGUACUUUGGGAAAUUCGCUUUAAUAUCUCUUCUAUUUUAUAAAUAACAUCACUGUUCAGAAUAGAAUUAUUAACAUGAAGGAACUAUUGAAUAAGGCGCGAAAUAAAUUGCAUUAAAAAUGAAUAAUUUUGGACGAAACGAAUUAACAUCAACAACUCAUCAGGCUAGGAAGCUGCCAAACAAACACAAUUCUUGUGAAGAAGUUUUCAGGAAUAUUGAAAGAAAAGAAGGUGCCGCCCAAGAAGAGUCUCCUUUCAAACUGAAAAAAUAUAAAACUCCAAAAGAAAAUGCUUGUCACACUCCUUCCUCGCUCUUUCGCAACGCUGUCCCAAAUCAUCGUCCAAUUAAUGUAACGCCAGCAAAGGAUUUUUUUCAUAAAUCCACGCCAGGAAAAUCUCGUACAUGUUUGGCAAAAGGCACUGAAGAUCGUCUCGUAGUUGCAGUGCGUAUACGGCCUUUAAAUUUGUCAGAAAGAACUUCAAGCGUUGUUAAAGUCAAUGGGAACCAACUAGUCGUACCAGUUGUGACGCCAGGUGCAUCUACAGGCACUUAUCACACUUUUACCUAUGACCACGUCUUUGAAUCGAAUAAUAUAGAUUACAUUGAUACGCAAAAACAAGUGUUUGAAACAAUAGCAUGCCCACUUCUAGAUAAAGCAUUUGAAGGAUACAAUGCGUGUCUUUUCGCAUACGGCCAAACUGGUUCUGGUAAAUCGUACAGUAUGAUGGGUUCCGAUCCUUUCAGCCGUGAUAAUUUCAAUCAAAAUGCUCUCAGCUGUGAAGCUGGAAUUAUUCCAAGAUUCUGUUACCAACUCUUUCAUUAUCUGGAAGCACAUCGUGAAGAAUUUCAAGUCGAAAUUGAAGUAAGCUAUUUUGAAAUAUAUAAUGAAAGAAUUCAUGAUUUGCUUUGUGUCAAGCAUAGUAGUCAAAAAAACAUAGAACCUGCAGGUAUUUCUGUAAAAAACUCUCAAAAAUGUCUUAAAGUACGUGAACAUCCAAUUUGGGGGCCAUACGUAGCUGAGUUGAGCGUACAUUCUGUUGACACGUGUGAAGCUUUACAACAUUGGCUUAUCCUUGGCCACUCGCAGCGAGCAACAGCGGCAACGGCCCUAAAUGAGAAAAGUUCAAGAUCGCAUUCGAUUUUGAAUAUAAUGCUGAAUGUAACAAAUAGGGAAUCGCUCGCGUCAAGCAAAGUAAAUCAAGGACGUCGGAGUAAAAUCAGCCUUGUUGAUCUGGCCGGCAGCGAGCGUUGCAGUGGAACAAAUGAUCUACACAAACGAGAAGGUGUUCACAUUAAUAAAAGUCUUCUAGCAUUGGGAAAAGUGAUAGCCGCUUUGGCAGAUAAAAGGAGCAGGACGUUUGUGCCUUACCGUGAGAGCGUUCUGACAUAUCUGUUGCGGGAAAAUCUUGGAGGAAAUUCGAAAACAGUUAUGUUAGCAACAAUAUCGCCAGCAAAUAGGCAUAUAGAGGAAACCUUAGCUACACUGCGAUAUGCUUAUCAAGCACGUAGUAUUUUAAACCGUGUAAAAAUCAAUGAAUCGGAAAAUGAUAAAAUUAUAAGAGAAUUAAGAGCUGAAAUUGAUCGAUUAAAGUUAUUGCAGAAUGAAUGUCAACGACUAGAAAUAUCCGAAACACCUAAAAAAGUUAAUAAUAGUGCAGGUGCAAGUGGCGAAAACGAAAUUGAAAACUUGAAAGAGCAACUUAUUGAACGAGAAAAAGAACUUUGCCGUUUUCAGAAAUCCUGGAUGGAACGUUUAUCAGAAGCUGAGAAUUUAAGAAAAAGAGAGAUGCAAUUACUUAAACGUAAGGGACUUGCCUUGGAGUUGACAAAGAAUUCAAACCAGGCUUAUCUUGUUAAUUUAUCGGAAGACCCCAUGCUUAGUGGGACUCUCUUUUAUAUACUGCCUUUAGGAUCUGUAACAAUUGGAAGGACGCGCUUAUCCUUAGAGGAAUCGCAACCUGAUAUCACUCUUGAUGGACAACUGAUCGCUCAUAAUCACUGCGCAAUUGAAAAUGAUGGCGGUCGUCUGUACGUUAUUCCAGGAAGUGAUCAUUUUGAAACCUACCUCAAUGGGGAACUAGUAACAUGUAAAUCAGAAAUGUUUCAUGCCGAUCGUUUGAUACUUGGCGGUUCCCAUUAUUUUCGUGUCUCUAAUCCAUUUUGCUCUAGUAAAGGAUUAAAACAGGUGAUCGAUUAUCAUUUAGCAUAUAAAGAGAUUUUAGAAAAGCAAGAAGAGAAGCUUAGACUUCAACUACAGGAAGAAAAACAAAUGGCCAUCCAAAACAUGGAAAAAGAGCGAAGUGAAAAUGAACGAAACUACAUAGAACUCGUUCAGAAAUUAGAAUUAGAAAAGAUUAUGUUAAAAUGCAAUGAAGAAAUUUUAGAAUCCGAACGUGGAACCAAUAUGACUCAGACCAUUCGGAAUGAUAGUAUGCUGAAUAAUGUGAUGACCUCCAAUUCAAAUAAUCAACAAUUUUUAGAUGAAAUUAAUGAUAUUAUGCAAAAGCCGAGCAGAGAAAGCUUACACAAAGUGCAGUUGUUGGUAAAGGAAGCUAAUCAAUAUUCUCAUAUACAUAACCUUAAGUACGAGUUUAAACAUUCUCAAGUAGCGGACGAGUUUGGGAUGUUAUUCCAGACAAAAAUUUUAAUUAUAGACAAACCGAAUCAGCUGGUAGCUGAGUGGCCAUUAGCGCGUUUACAAGUAUGGCUUGAUAUUAUGCGAGAUUUAGAACAUUUUGAUUCUGAUAAUUGUUUUAAUUCGGUUGACAUCGAAUGGAAGCUAGUGGAAGCAGACCUAGACGAAAGUCUUAAUAAUUCAUACAAUUCAAGUGGAAUUGCUAUAGAUCUUAAGGCUUAUAAAGGCAACUCCCUGAGAGAUUCGCCGGUAAGACCGCAGAAUUGUGGAAUCGUCAAUGCGGGCGGGACUGUAAAAGUUUCUGAAGCAAAUGUUAAAGAAAAUGGAUAUGGGAAAAGUUCAGAUUUUUCUAUUUUAUCUGCAGUUUACCUACAAGAAAUGAAGCAGGCUGCGAUUAAACUGCGGAAAUUAUGCCAACAACAUAUGCACGAUAGUUCUCUGUUGGAGAUGCUCUCAUCAUUAGACAGCUUAGAAAAUGCGUUAAAAAUAUUGCAAAUUUCUACACGUAAAUCAUCGCCACCAACAAAUCCCUUUUGACGGAGACUGGACGGCAGUAGAAUUUAAUGCAUUGUUUCCAUUGACUUUCAUAAAAUCUAUAAUAGCUGACGUAAGCAUUUAUUUAUUGUAAUUAUAAUAGAUAAUCGAAGUGGAUUUACGCUCAAAUAGUAAAUAUACAAACGUGUAAAAAAUCCUUAUCUUAUUAUCUUUAUUUCAACAAACAUUGCCACAAUACUCAAGCUAUUUAAUGAUUAGUCAUUCAUAGCUGAGAUUACAAACACUCUUUCAC